AUGACGACCUUCUUGCGCCUAAAGACCCCAUUCCAGGCCCGAUCCCCAAUUACAGCUCUCUCCGGAGCACGUUCCCAGGCACCUCGCACCUCCCUAUACCGAAGCUAUGCGACCAAAUCCUCCAAUGACCCCGAGCAAGCCACAACCAACCAACCAGACUCGGCCAACCGCCCGAUCCCCUCCAACAAGGCAAAGCCCACCCUCCACGAGGGAGAGCGGUCACCUGUUAUAGACAAAGAAGGGAAUCCCAAAAAGGACCUUCCCGAGGAUGUGAAGAAGCACAAUCGAGAGAUGGAGGAGCGGUAUGAUAAACCGUUCAACCAUGCCAAGGAUGAUGGCACAGUUGAAGCUGCUUUCAAGAAAUAG